AUGGACGGUGUCUCUUUUCCUCUGAUUGUGGUAAGACAGGUGUGGAAACACAAUCUUUUAAAGGAGUUUGAUCUCAUCAGAAUUGCAGGGAUGACUCACAGAAUGGUGGCUUUCGACACUGAAUUCCCAGGUGUUGUUUUCAGUCCAAUUAACAUUGACAAGCGAGAGCUUGGAAAACUACCUUCCUUCUUGAACUACAAUAUUAUCAGAGAUAAUGUCAAUGCUACCAACAUUAUUCAGUUGGGUUUGGCGCUCUGUGACGAUAAAGGAUCUCUGCCCAAUUUCGGUACCAAGUAUCAAUACGCUUGGGAGUUUAACUUCAGAGAUUUCGAUGUCUAUAAUGACGUCCAGAACCAGAAAUCAAUAGAGUUACUCAAAAGCCAGGGAAUCAAUUUCGACAAGAACUUGAAGGAGGGUAUUGACUCUGCCGACUUUGCUGCAUUGAUGUUGAAAUCUGGGUUGUUGGGUAAUCACUCUGCUUUCACUUGGGUUACCUUUCAUGGUGCCUAUGACAUUGCCCACUUGAUGAAAAUCUUGAUACGGCAACCACUGCCGUAUGAUCUGAUGGAGUUUAUGGAUCUGAUGCAGUGGUUAUUUGGGAAAAGGCUUUUCGACCUGAAGCAUAUGAUGAAGUUUUGUGAUGGCCUUUAUGGGGGUUUAGAGACAGUGGCUAAUAGAUUGGGAGUGGAACGCUUGGCUGGGAAGAGUCACCAGGCUGGUUCGGAUACCUUGUUGACUCUGCAAACUUUCAUGAAGUUCUUAGAUGUCUACUUCAAAGAAAAGAACGAUGGUGGACUUGCACAUAAUGGCCAUUUGUUGACAGGGAUGCAGUGUGUUCUUCAUGGCUUGGAGUUGAACAAUAAUCAUCAAUUGAAUAAUGCCGGCUUAAAUUUGAAUCUGUGUAGACAAUCACAUGUAUUAUGUAAUUAA